UGCUCCCGUCCUCGUUGCUCCCCCACCCUCCUCCACUUAUCCCCAAAUCUCCCACCCCAAAGGACCGGCCAAGGGUAAUUGCAGGUCGUUUUCUUCUAAGCCAUUCUUCUCAUUGAAGGCCAGAAAUAAAAAUCCCUUUCCUCCACCUCAUCAGUCGCUCCCACUUCUCCACUCCAGUUCCAAGCUCGGUGUGACCGCAAAGCGCGUGGGAAGCCAUGAGAGAGAAUCUCGCGUUCUUCCUUCUCUUCUCCCUCCUCUCUCUCGAUGUCUUUUUCGCGGUCGGAUCGGCAUCGCCAACGCUCGCCAAAUCGGAAGUGAAUGCGCUCCGGCGAAUCGCGGAGAAACUGGGGAAGACGAACUGGGAUUUCGGCGUCGAUCCCUGCAGCGGCGAAGGGAACAGGAGCGUGCCGGAUGCGACGAAGGUUUCCGAGAUGGACGUCUUCUGCGAUUGCUCCUCAAAUAAAUCUGGAUGCCACAUCAUAAGCUUGUCUCUAAAAGGGCAGAACCUUUCAGGCGUGCUUCCCCCGGAAUUCGGCUUGCUUCGUCACCUCCAGCAGCUGGAUCUGAGCCGCAACGUCUUCAACGGCAGCAUCCCAGAGCAAUGGGCCGGCAUGCGGCUGCAAGGCCUGUCUUUAAUGGGGAACCGCUUGUCUGGGCCAUUCCCCAUAGUUCUGACAAAGAUAACCACCUUAACCAAUCUGAGCGUCGAAGGGAAUCGCUUCACCGGUUCUCUGCCUCCUGAGCUUGGACGCCUUGUUAACAUGGAGAAACUUAUUGUAUCCUCCAACGAGUUCACCGGGGUGCUGCCCAAGGCUCUUGCAGAGUUGACCAAUUUGACUGAUCUAAGGAUUUCUGACAACAACUUCUCUGGCAAGAUACCUGAAUAUAUAACAAACUUGACCAGACUGGAAAAACUAGUUAUAUACAUACUAUGCAGGCAGAUUGGGGGAUGCUCUCUAGAGGGGCCCAUUCCUUCUGGCAUUUCUAAUUUAACCAGUAUGACUGAUUUGAGGAUUAGUGACCUGAGUGGAAAUGGAUCAACCUUUCCAAACUUGAGUCAAAUGGAAAGUUUAAAGACAUUGAUACUGAGGAAUUGCUCCAUUCAUGGAGAUAUCCCUGCUUAUAUUGGAUCUAUGAGGAUGCUGAAGCACUUAGAUCUCAGCUUUAAUAAGUUGACAGGAGAAAUUCCAAGUUCCCUCGCUUCCCUGGUUAACGUAGAUUUCAUAUAUCUUACUGCAAACACGCUUACUGGAACCAUACCAGGAUGGAUCUUGAAAAGAAACAAGAAUGUGGAUAUUUCUUACAAUUACUUCAUGGUGGGAAGCUCAGGCCCUACUCAAUGUCUUGACGGGAGUGUUAACACAGCAGAGUGCUACUCACCAGCAGCAGACAACAUUAGUACAGUAAAUUCAUGCCUAAAGAGGAAUUUCCCCUGCAGUGCUUCCAACAAACAAUAUCAGCACUCCUUGCACAUCAAUUGUGGAGGUCAAGAAACAAUUAUCAAGAGGACCAAGUAUGAAGCAGAUACAGAGGAAAGAGGUGCUUCAACGUUUUACUUAGGUCCAAACUGGGCAUUUAGCAGCACAGGGGACUUCAUGGACAAUGAUGCGAAUGCGGACAAUUAUAUUGCUACAAACACAUCUAUACUCACCAUGCUCCAUCCAGAACUUUAUACAAAAGCACGCCUUUCUCCUGUUUCACUUACCUAUUAUGGCCUGUGUAUGAUGAAUGGAAGUUACACUGUGAAACUCCACUUUGCAGAAAUAGUUUUCACAAAUGACAAUACAUUUAGCAGCCUUGGGAAGCGCUUAUUUAAUGUUUUCAUUCAGGGAAAGAUGGUAUUGCUGGAUUUCAACAUUGAAGAUGCAGCUGGUGGACCUGGAAAACCAGUUAUAAAGACUUUUAUAACAAAUGUCACACACAACACCUUAAAGAUACAACUCUACUGGGCUGGAAAGGGGACGACAGGCAUUCCAACUAGAGGAAUGUAUGGUCCUCUGAUAUCAGCUAUCUCGGUGACACCUAAUUUUGAUAUUCGCAUAGAUGUCGGAUCUCCUAGCAGUAAUAGAAUACAUACUAUCAUUGUGGUUGUGGUCAUGGUUUUGGGGAUUUUCUUGGUUCUGUUUGCUCUAGGCAUUUGGAGGAAAAGGAGGUUAUGGCUUAAUUCCAUGUACAAAGGUAUUGAAGAUCUAAGAGGCCUUGACCUACAAACUGGAUCCUUCACCUUGCGACAAAUUAAAGCAGCAACCAAGAACUUUGAUGCUGAGAACUUGAUCGGGGAAGGCGGAUUUGGUUCAGUUUACAAGGGUCUGCUAUCAGAUGGAACUGUAAUUGCUGUGAAGCAGCUUUCGUCUAGAUCUAGACAAGGAACUCGUGAAUUUGUGAAUGAAAUUGGCAUGAUUUCUGCAUCACAACAUCCUAAUCUUGUGAAGCUUUAUGGAUGUUGUACUGAAGGAAACCAAUUAUUGCUUAUUUAUGAGUACAUGGAAAACAAUUGUCUUGCACGUGCCUUAUUUAGUAAAAAACCAGAGUGCAGAUUGAAAUUGGAUUGGCCAACAAGACAAAAGAUUUGCCUUGGCAUAGCUCGAGGCCUGGCCUAUCUUCAUGAGGAGUCCAGAUUGAAGAUUGUUCACCGAGAUAUCAAGGCCAGCAAUGUACUGCUUGAUAGAGAUCUCAAUGCGAAGAUUUCUGAUUUUGGUUUAGCAAAACUCUAUGAAGAGGAGAAUACCCACAUAAGCACUCGAGUGGCUGGAACUAUAGGUUACAUGGCUCCUGAAUAUGCAAUGCGAGGUUAUCUAACCAGUAAAGCAGAUGUUUACAGCUUUGGAGUAGUUGCUUUAGAAAUUGUUAGUGGAAAGAGCAACACUAAUUAUAAGCCACAAGAAGAAUUUGUCUAUCUUCUUGACUGGGCACAAGUUCUACAGGAGAGGGGGUCCCUUUUGGAAUUGGUAGAUCCAGACCUUGGAUCAGAGUAUUCUAAGGAAGAGGCAAUGGUGAUGCUGAAUGUGGCUCUCUUGUGCACUAAUGCAUCGCCCACGCUGAGACCUACGAUGUCAAAAGUGGUUAGUUUGCUCGAAGGACAAGCUCCUCUCCAGCCUCUACUUUCAAACCUGAGCAUCUCAGCAAAUGGUACGAGCUCUAGCGGAGUGAGAAGAAACUUUUGGCAGAACCCAUCUGAGAACCAGGCAAUGUCAGUUGAUGCAUCAGAUAUUGAUUUAUCUGAAUCAGCACCCAGUAAUGAUGGAAGCCUGCAACUUCUAAGAAGACGCAUAUAGGUCUAAUAAACAGUUAUUUGUUUAGGACGAUCCAGCAUCUAAAAACUCAUGCCUUGCGUCCUAAAUCCUGACUACUGUUUAGAUGAGAAGCCAAAGAGAAUGAAGCAGAAAAGCUAGAGCACAAUCGCUGCAUCCAGAGGAUAUUAGACAGCAUCGAAUGACUGCAUCAGUGCUGCUCGCAUUUAAGCAUGGCAACUCAAUGCUUGUAAAAUAUUAACCAUUAGUUUUAAGUGAAAAUUUUCAUAUUGGUGAAGCCUAAAGUCCUUACAAUGGCUUGAACUUGGUAAACUUGCAAAGAAAAGCUGAGAAUAAAACUAGAAGCAGCCGUUAAGGUGUGUCAAACUUGAAAA